CCCUGGAGUCCUUUUGGCUCAUGAUUUUUAUGACGAAAAGGCGAAUGUCAGAUUAUACCUCUCCCUGUCCCCUAUAACAAAUACGUUAGGAGAUGCUUGACUACUUCGGGAGGAGAUGUUAUCUAUGUUGAAAUAUUGUAUCCAAUAUUGAAGGUUUGGAAGCUGAAGAGUAACAACUCUGAUGGGGAAUGGUGGCAGUUGUCAAGGAAAGAGAUUAACAUGGCGUCUCUCGGCUUUGAUGUCAAUUGUUUUCCUUUGGGAAUGAACCCGUUUGAUACUGAUUUGGUCUAUCUAUGGAGUACACAACAUAGUUGUGUGGUGUCGGGUAACUUAAGGACACAACAGUUUACUCUUCAUCAGGAGGAAUCGGAGACUUGGACUGAUAGUGAAGGUUGUUGGUGUGUUAACACGUCCGAUUCUAAGAAGCAGAUGGAAGAUAUAGAAGAUGCAGCUUCGGUCAUUACAUUAUCACAGUUUGUGCUCCCACAGUGGAUGUGUCCGGUGCCACUCCCGUCUAAUUAACAUCUUGCUUCGUCACUUUCUCCAAGUAUGUUCUUCAAUGUUUAUGUGUUUUGUUGUCUCGUUUGUAAUCAGGAUACUACUAUGUAUUAGGUGUGCUCUUUUGUUUAAGUAGGGUCGGCCUGUCCUACGGGUAGGAUAUGAUUUGCG